GACGAAGUUGGGUUUAUGAUAACAGUAGCUUGGGAAUUUGAUUUUCAUAUCUCUUCAGCUGUUUGAGCUGUUUGGUUAUUCAAACACAGUCAGAUGAAAAUAUCAGAUUGAUAUUUCGGCCGCUUUGUUUGACAUUUGCGCCCAAUAGUUUAGCGUUCUAUUUGGUGUAGUUUUACUAUUGUUUAAAACAAAACUUUUUUUUAAUAUAGUAUUUCAAAUUCUUCAACGCACUGGUGCACGAAUUUACAAUAAAACUUGCAACUAAACCUGUUGAAAUUUGAUAACCAGUGAGAAACUGGAGGAAAUGCAGCUGGUUUUUCCUAGCAUUCUUUGAAGGCAGUCAAAGAAAGAUUUCGUGCUCAUUGUCUCUUAUAAAUUAUUUGUUUUGAGUUAUAUUGAGUUCAGGUCAGUUCGUGAAAAGAAAUUUUAUGAUGCAUAACUCUUCCUUUUCCGUUAAAACGUGCAUCAUUGGAUCACAAGGUGUCGGUAAAACAAGCAUAGUUUUCCAGCUGAGUAUGAAACAUUUUAAAUUAAAUGUCACACCCACCAUAGGCGCAUCUUUCUCUUGUAAAGUUAUAGAUGUUGAUUCACAUACAGUACGAUUCCAGAUUUGGGAUACAGCUGGACAAGAAACCUAUAAAUCAAUGCUACCAAUGUAUUAUAGGAAAGCUAAUUUAGCAAUGGUUGUGUAUGAUAUAACGUGCCAAGAUUCUUUCAAUAGUAUACCCAAAUGGAUAGAAGAAUUGGAAAAAAAUGCAGAUAAAGACUGUGUUAUCUGCAUAAUUGGUAAUAAAUGUGACCUCGAGUAUAAAAGAGCAGUUAAUCGAGAGAAAGCUGCUCAGUUUGCGAGUUCUAUUGGUGCUCUCUAUUUUGAGACUUCGGCAAAAACAAAUGAAGGCAUAAUGGAGGCAUUUAUACACGUAGCCCGACAAAUGGUCAAUCUGUAUCAUCGUCGAGAAUCUCUCUCAGCAAGUACAACGAGUAGUAGGACACGAUCACUUAGCCUGGAAGAUGGUUCUACAAAAUCUCAAUCGCGGUGCUGUUUUUAACUAAACAUCGUAGAUAUCAGAACAGUUAGCAAAAAUGAAAUAGGUAUUUGUGAGACUUACUCACAAAAUAAUCAAGCAAGACCGUCAGCAUAACAGGUUUGUGAAUAAAUGAACAUAUGAAUAAAUUAACCAGAAGCUUAUAAAAGUGGCCAGAAGCUACAUUUAGUACUAUGCUUUUGUCUUGUUUGAAGAUGAACUUUUAGGCUUUCUUUAGUGCAAGAUACGUUAAGCAUUAUAGAAUUCAAAUGAAGCAGAUAGUAAGACUUAUUAGUGAAUGCUUAACCAUUAUUCUUUUUAUCAAUUUUUGUUUGUCCAUUUUUGAUACAGUAUCAAAUGCGAUUCGGUUGUGAACAAAGUAGAAUUUAUCUUAUUAACUUCGAACAAGCAUUUACGGCUCUCAGAACAACUGUUGACAAAAAUUAUCAACUCAAAUAAAACUCAAAUACAAUAUUCAAAGCUAAUACAGAACUCAAAACUUACUUAUUAUAUUGAUUCUGGGCCAACAGGACCUAAAUUAUCUGACUAAAUCAUGGACAAAGAGCUCUCAAAUUCUGAAAAUUCAUUGAAAUGUUUUUGCAUAUUUCAUGCUGCAUUUAUAAUUUGAGUUGUACUAGAAUAAUUUAGUCUUAAUACGAUUUCGUUGCAUGUAACUUUUUUACCUUACAGUAAAAUGAGGCUCCAAAUACAUAUUCAGUUUUAAUCUAGAGUUAUUACCAUUUGAAAAUUCUCUUAAAUAGAAGAAAAUGUUAAAUUUCCUAUGCUAAUUUUUAAGACACUUAUCAUAAAUGAUUAAGGAAACAAAAAUUAUAAUUUGAACUAAAUUUAAAAAUCUGCAUAAAACCUUGUUUACAAUUUAGAAUCAAUCACCUCUAAGCAAACUCUACCUUCCAUUGAUAUAAUAACAAAUUUGUUAUCACGCAGUCAUGAUACAUUUUGCAAUUACAUUAUUUAUUAACAAUUACCUAUAACAAAUAAUAGACGGAAAAAUCCGAUUUACUAAUUCUUAAGUAACCAACACUUACAUAAUUUAUAUACUUUCUUUCAAAGGUAUAUUCCAUAAUCACCGUGCAGCACUUUGAAAUUCUUCAAACAGCUGGUUAUUAUAUGAUGGUAAUUUUAUUUAAAAACUAAAAUCAAUAUUUUUCGUUCGUAUUCUGCAUAUUUUUGCAAAGAUUAUUUAUUUUUUCUAUUUGAAUUCUAAGUAAGAUUUUGAGAGCAAGAAUGUUUAAUUUUACACUGAAUUAAUCUGUUCUUGUAAUGUGUCGCAUCCCGUUUUUAAUAAUAUGGAUAAAAUUUUAUCUCUUAGCGCAAGUUCAAACGAAAUAAUGCUGAAUUUUCCAGAAUAUAUCACGAAGUCUGGCUGUGUUACUGUUACAAUAUUGAGAACUCUUUUUCCAAGGUUAAAGCCUCACUGAAUUACCAUAAAAACAUUCAAAGACGCAACGAAUUGAUUGCACGCAUGUGAGAACUAUUUAUGAAUGUCCUUGCGGCAAACUCAUGGAAGAAGGUUAUUUGCAUGUGUAAGUUUCCAUAAAUAGCAAACUGUGUUAUUGUUUGCGUUGUGCUUAAAUGCCUUCUUAUCAUCAAUCAUCUGGCUGCUAUCCUAGAAUGUUGUGUUAUUCUAUUUUUUCUUUUAUACUGCAGUUUCAAUAAACUUUUAAUAUAUAAUAAAAAA